UCCUAGGUACAGAUGCUGCAGCUACUGCAGAGAGGAAAGGUGAUUUGGCCAAGAUCACACGGCAGCUCCGUCGCAUGGCAGGCAUUGACUCUAGGUGUCUGGGUUUCCCACCCUCGGUUUUGAGGCUUACACGCAUUAUAUUGUAGAAAUGGGAGGAUUAACUUUGCCAUAUUCACACUUUUGAGGAAUUAGUGAAAAUUGACCAGCAGUGAUUGUUUCCAGCAACAGUGUUUGCAAUCCAGCCCGAUAGACCAAUGGUGUGUUAACGCCCAUGUCCGAGUUCCUGCAGCACUGGAAAAGACAGUUGAUAUCUAGUGACCAAAGGGAACGUUUCAGAGGAAUGAAAAAAUCCCUAACACAGCACCUGCUGAUCAGCUCAUACCUAGAGAAGCCAAACAAAUUCCUUAGCAGCACCCAGAAAACUACUACUACUCACCUUCUGAGCCUCAAAGGACCGGAAAAGAGCCAGACACUGCACAGCAACUGGGAAGGAACUUCAUUAUUUAAAAAACAAACUGAAACUAGCUUGUCUCCAUAUAUAGAGAAGAGUCCCAGCAUUGAUGAUUUAGAAGAAAGUUUGCGGAAACUUAAAGUUCAGGUGGACAGCUUGGCCUCAAGUCUGAGUUUUGACCCUCAUCAAGAUUAUGCCAUAGAUUCUAGCACUACAGUCAACUCGAGCACCUUUAAUUCUGCAUGGCCAAGAGUUCAUAAUGGGACCUAUGCAGAGGCAUACAUCGGAGAUUCACCAAAGCCAUCUGCAGAGUCCGAGUGGUUUCUGAACCCAAGACAUCUAGUCAAACCACUGGGAGAGUAUCCAGUAUUAACAAGCUUGGGCCUUCCGACAUUCUCCACAUCACCCAUCAACCGUGUGCCAGGGCUCCUGGGGAGUGAGAUUGCAAGUCGGAACUAUGUGCCGUCACUGGAUCUUGCACAUACAGAGUCUUUCCCAGUGAAGCUUGGUGCUCCUCAUGUGAUUGGAGUCAGGUCAUUGUUGCCCCCUAAAAUCCCAGUGCAGGAUUGCUCUCCUGAAAGGUCCCUCUCCCUUGAUCGUUCUGGGACCAACCGAUCCCGUUCAUUCUCUCCGGCUCCCAAAAGAACCCGGUGGCUAAGAUCUCGCUCACAGUCACCUAGACCCAUCUGGAGACCAAAUUCUGCUAAGGCAAAUGCCUGUGCCCAGCCUCCACCACACUUUGGCAGGUCUAGGUACAGCAGAAAGAAAACAGCUUCAACCAGACAAUCACGAUCCAGAAUAUACAAACCAGGAGCCCUGGCUGCCAGGUCCUGUACUCCAGCCAGGAUGAAUACAAGGGGACCACUGAGCUAUUCUUGGAGCCCUUACAGUCUGCCCUCCACUGCUGUAUCCUCACCAACAGCUCAGGAGAUUAAUGAACGGUUUUUGCAGACUCUUGCAGAAGGUGCUGUUGGGAGGUCCCUGAUAGAAAUGUCCCCGUAUCAGAAGGAGCUGGCUCGUCUCAGGCUGGAGCGCCUGCGUGUGGAGGAGGAAUGGUUAUUAGAACUAAAGAGGCAGCAAGAAUUGGAGCGAACUCGGGGUCCAAAACCAAAGUGGUAUGAGAUGAAAAACUCCCAGUUUCAUUAUGAAGCCCACAAGAAUAAUGAGUUGCUGAGGAACAGCCAGGACUUGCAGUCUGUAUAUAACUAUAGGCAGGAACUGGCAUCAAUGUCCAAGGAAUUCCAACAGCAUUUGAAACCUGCUCACCUGCACUCUCUCUAGUAAUAACAGAAAUGCCUGGGAAGAGCUCUAACUAACCUGUGCUGGUAGGAGAUGCAAUCAGAGACUCCAGCCUGUGAAUUCUGGGAGGCCCCUGUGCUGUGCUUAAUGAAAAGGAAACAAGAUGGUGGAGAGGGGAAUUCUUUAGACCUACUAGCCUAUGGGCCAGUUCCACUCCGGUGCAUCUUCACUGCCUUCAGUGCUGAAGCUAGUCAGUUAUUAUUUACGAUAAUAAGCCAAAUCACUAAUGCUAUUAUUCACCUCUGUGCUAAGAGCCAGCAGAAAAUCUACAUGCUGGCCUUCCGCACGGGGGGGGAUUUCACCCUAUGAGGAACUAUCCCUAAUCAACUUACUUGCAGUAUAGAAGAGCCUUUUACUGAAGUAGAGGGGAAAGGAUUGAGGCAAGGGGAAAGUUAAGGGAACAAAUCUAUGGAAAGAUUAUAAUGAGGACCUCAGAAACAGCCCUAAAGCCCUAUUUGUCAGAUCCUGCAGCUUGAGAUGAUGAAAAACUCAGAAUACGGCAUUGAUGGGCUUGGACACAUUGAUAAAUAGCAUCAUGGCAUUUGUUCAGCCUUUCCACUUAUGGUGUCCUUUCUUUUCAACACUUGCUUCCAUCAACGUGCAGUUUGAGUGACUCCUUGCUCUUUUUUGUAGUUUCCUUCAUUUUUUUUCUUUAAUCCCUUCUGUAGUUAGCUGCUGGCAAGUAGAGCAUUCUAAAAGCAGCAAGCUGCCCAGGUUCAGCUG